UGAAACCACCAGGGAAUUCUUAGAUUGUGGCAAGGGAUGUGGCUGCAUUUCUCUGAGACAUCUGGAGUGAAUGAAGCCCAACACAGAUCUAACUAUCACACUGUGAUGUGAUAGCAGCCCAUACAGGUUUACUUUGCUCUACAGCAUAGAACUCUGCAUGACUCUACCUAGGCUCCUCAUCUAAUGAAAAUGAUGGUGAUGAUGAUGAUAAUAAUAAUAAGAAGAAGAGCUAGCAAUAAUAAAUUGUUUUAGAAAAAUUGGUUUAUUUUCUCAACCAAACUGGGAGGUAUUUCUCAUCACUUUUCCACCAUUCACCUCGUCAAGUGAAGUCCUCCCCUGAAUUCCAGUACAAACACAUCAGGACCUUGAUUUCUUCUUUCAAAGAAAGCAGAUAGCAUGCUACACCUGGGAAAAGCUUGGACCUCUUUGUCCAUUACACUCCUAACAUUUCUGAUUUGGAAACCAUCAAAAUCAAGCUGUUUAGUGAACUUCAAACCAAAUAUUGUUCUUUUACUAGCAGAUGAUCUUGGUAUUGGAGACAUAGGUUGCUAUGGUAACAAUACAAUAAGGACACCAAAUAUUGACAGCCUUGCAAAUGAAGGGGUGAAACUUACUCAGCAUAUAGCAGCAGCUUCUGUUUGUACCCCCAGCAGAGCUGCUUUCUUAACUGGAAGAUAUCCUAUUCGAUCAGGCAUGUCUUCCUAUGAUGGUAUUCCUGUUCUUCAAUGGACUGGGGCAUCUGGAGGUCUCCCUUCCAAUGAAACAACUUUUGCAAAGAUACUACAAAAAGAAGGCUAUACUACUGGACUAAUAGGAAAAUGGCACCUGGGACUCAAUUGUGAAUCCAGACUUGAUUACUGUCAUCAUCCAUUGAACCAUGGUUUUGACUUUUUUUAUGGAAUGCCAUUUUCUUUAAUGGGUGAUUGUGAAUAUUCAGUACUAUCUGAGAAGCGUGCAAGACUGGAGAUGAAGCUUUACUUUUAUAUUCACAUCAUAGUCCUAGCUAUAUUCACAUUUGCCAUUGGAAGGUUCACUGGCAUAUUGCCAAUUCCAUGGAAGAUAACCACAGCCAUUGCCAUCAUUGGUUUCCUCCUUUUCCUGACAUGGCAUUUCCUUUAUAUCUUGAUUAAGUAUGGAGACUGUUUCCUCAUGCGAAACCACACUAUUACUGAACAACCAAUGAUCUUCGAAAGAACUACCUCCCUUAUACUGAAAGAAGCACUUUCAUUUAUUGAAAGAAAAAAGCACGAGCCUUUUCUCCUCAUAGUUUCCUUCUUACAUGUCCAUACACCACUUAUUACUACAGAGAAGUUUCUUCAAACUAGCAAACAUGGAUUAUAUGGAGAUAAUGUAGAGGAGAUGGAUUGGAUGGUGGGUGAAGUUCUUGAGACCUUGGACAAUGAAGGUCUGACCAAAAGUACCCUGGUUUAUUUUACUUCUGACAACGGUGGAUCUUUAGAGUCUCAAAUAGGAAGUGAGCAGCAUGGUGGCUGGAAUGGAAUAUAUAAAGGAGGAAAAGGCAUGGGAGGCUGGGACGGUGGCAUUCGGGUCCCAGGGAUAUUGCGGUGGCCUGGAGUCUUACCAGCAGGUCGUGUGAUUGAUGACCCUACAAGCCUGAUGGAUAUCUACCCAACAGUGGCUCAUUUGGGAGGGGGUGAAGUACCCCAAGAUAGAGUGAUUGAUGGCCGAGACUUGAUGCCUCUACUUCAGGGAGAAGUUCAGCAAUCAGAUCAUGAGUUCAUGUUUCAUUAUUGUGAAUCAUAUUUACAUGCAGUUCGGUGGCAUCAAAAGAACAGUGGCACAGUGUGGAAAGUACAUUAUGUGACCCCAAUAUUUCACCCAGAGGGUUCUGGUGCCUGCUAUGGGAGAGGAGUUUGCCCAUGUUUUGGAAAGGGUGUAACUCACCAUGACCCACCUUUGCUGUUUGAUCUCUCAAAGGAUCCUUCUGAGGCUAACCCCCUUUCACCUGACACUGAACCCCUAUUUGGUUCAGUAAUUGAAAGAGUAGAACAUGCUGUACAAGAACAUCGGGCUACACUAACACCAGUUCCAGAUCAGCUCAGUACUUCUAAUAACAUCUGGAAACCAUGGCUUCAGCCAUGCUGUGGCACAUUCCCAUUGUGUUGGUGUGAUUGGGAAGAUGACCACAAAAAAGAGAACAUUAGGAUUGUAUAGGUGACAUAAAUGCUUUCAUACCUUCACUUGAGGUACAUAUGGAGAACCACUGUAAAAUUACCAAUGGAGAACACGUUUUCCAAAAUAAAAUGCAAUAUGUUUACAAUAUCAACUAAUGGGGCACCUAGGCGGUGCAGUGGAUAAAGCACUGGCCCUGGAUUCAGGAGUACCUGAGUUCAAAUCCGGCCUCAGACACUUGACACU